AUGGCGGCGGUAUCAGUGUUUUUCGAGCUGAGCUGGUCCAUCCUCUGCACCAUAUGCAUUGGAAAUGUCGCCUUGGGCUGUCUGGUGUGCGGCAUCACCAGUUGGACGCUCCUUGCCGCUGUGCCCAUGAUAUCAUCCGCAGCGGGAGCGAUUGCCAAUGGAUUAUGUUACUACGUGUACUAUCAGAGGCACCCUCCCAUGUAUAUCGCGAUUGCCUCUGUAUUUAGUGAUGUUUUCUGGCUGGUGCAAGAAGCCGGUCUUCUAUUCUACAGUUAUAUUAUCCUCAAACGAGUCCUCCGAGGCCUACGGUGGAGAAUCUUCUCUUCCCUCUUCUGGACGGGCAUUGGUGGUAUUAUCAUCGUCCGUAUCGUCAUCAUCACCUUCCGCGUUCGAUCUAUCUUGAACGUUAAAGAAGAUCUUUUGACCACUAUCAACCACAUCCACAUCGCAUAUUUUGGACUUAUCGCAUUACUCGAAUGUCUCAGUGCCUACUUUCUCAUGGUCCUGUUUACCUCGGCCAAGGCUUCAUCUGCCGAGAUUGCACGCAGCGGAGGUCUUUUCCAAUACUUGGCUCGAAGCACAGAGAUGAGAGUCGCCCUUCUAGCUCUGCAGGGCAUCCUUCGUGCUGUCACACAUUCAUUCAAGACGGCUGGCCAAACGGCCGAGAAUAUCGCCACGCAGCUCGACCGCUUUUUCUAUGCUGUCUUUUGUCUGUACUCGAUGGUUUUAUACAUUGAUCUUCUUUCCUCUAAACUUAAGUUCAACGGCACACAAGAUUAUCCUUCCUCUCGGGAUCGCUAUGUACAUCAUAGCAACCAACCCGGUCGAUUCACGUCAACCCAAAGGGACGACUUUGCGGAGAAUAGAACUGAACAUGUAGUAGGUGUGGAUGGAGGUACACGCACACACAAGACGCGCAAUGACUCGACAGAGCAUAUAAUUGAGGGUGGUUCCUCGCAAGGUGGCUCGAUCAACCUAGAGGAUAUGGAUCUGAAGGGGAAUGUUAUUAAGAAGACGGUUGAGUUCAGAGUGGUUUAA